AUGCUUAGUUUCUAUCCAACCCAAACUACAUCAUUAAACAGUCGAAGGACAAAAGAUUCUUUUAUGAUGAUUGAAAAGAUGAAAAAUAUGAGAGUGCUUAUUUAACUCUAUCUGGCCACUCAUCCUACAGAGCCAGAAUCAACAUAGAUCUAAAUGUCUGACAAACUUAACAUAAUUUCCCUGAAUGACCCUUUUAACAGUUCGACUCAAAUCCUCCCCUAUUGA